AUGCUCGGCCGAGGAGCCCGAGACGCAAGUGAUCCCCUACAUCGACCAAGGCGUCAGAGCCUUCUCCACGCCCGGUCCCGACGAGAUCUCUCGAUUCAAUAUGCUCGCGAGCGAACACAGCGUCGGCCCAGCCACACCUUCCUUGACAUCGAAGAGCGAAAGCGAGGGCGACAACGAGUCGAUCGACAACACCAUUGUCCUGCCGUCUACCAAGCACAGCGUGCAAAGAUUACCCUGACCGCGCCCUCUGAGGACGGCAACGACAUCCGGUCCAUCAAGGACAUGUCGGGCGCGGACGGCCCCGCGCAAGCCAAGAAGCGGAACAAGAACCACCCGACUAAGCGGUACAAUAGGCGCGCGAAGAAGACGGAGAUUAAGCAGAGGAAGAAGGCGGAGCGGGCGGCCGAGGGAGUCGAGUCGCGGAAGAAUCAGUUCUUGGACCCUUCUGAUGCCCUUCGAGUUGCGCCUAAAAGAAGAGCUACCACGCCUGAGGUCGCCAGUGACGAUGCAUCAUCCUCAGAGCAGAUGAUUUCCACAGACAAGCACUCAAAGUCGCCUUCCGGCCACAUUGCCGAAGCCGAUGCCAAGUUCAAGGCUUCCGGGGCGAACAUUGAGAGCAAGAAGCCCGCGCCCAUGACCCAGGACGAUCGCGGCUCGCUGCCAAAGAAGAGCAGCCUUCGCAAUGUGCUCUCCUUUCGCUUCCGCCACUCUCCCACUGCGACUGAAAAUUCCUCUGAGCAGGAUGGCGUUCGCCUCAAGUCAGCUCCUGUUGCUAUUGAAAUGCAGACGCUCGCGCCUGCUAGCCGAGCCACAGCUUCCUCGAUCAAGAAAGUUCCAAACGCUGAGCCUGCCAAGAAGGCUAACAUUUGA